ACAAAGUGUUACUCCCAACCAGCAGGAGGACAUUAUUUUCGGUUGAGCUGUGUUUUGUUGUCCGCUAUCGGCUAUUUUGUUUUCUAAAAUGUUUGCAAUAUUUUCUCGCCUUUUUGCUCUACCCGCACGGAUAUAAAUUGUCUUCAAGUGAAGCGUGCCAGAAUUAAUUACCGAGUGAAUAUAUUUCUUAAAUGGGCACUAGUUUUUUGUUUUGUGUUUUUUUCGUGUGAUUGUUUUCAUUUUCUCUCUAUAGUGUGUGUUUUAAGCUAGAUGAUAACCCGGAUGGUUGCACACAGUAAAUAUAUUGUGUUUCGUUUUUUUCCCCGUCACCAUCGUCGGUCUUGUUUAACGGAUUAAAUAUUCAUCCCUUUUUGAAACAACAAGUGGCUGUUUGAAUAUUAAUGCCUUGCCAUGGUAACGUUCCUUAACAACCGACCAAACAGUAGGUAAGAGUGAGCAAGAGCUACGACGGAAGAGAAUAGUGAAAGAACUAUUGUGCCAAGUAUUUGUGAAACUUUCGCGAAAAGGUAUUUGCUUGCAUUGUAAAAGCUAGUGAGUAAGAAAGUGAAAUAGCUUAAAUAGUUGUUAAAGAAAAAACUACAAUCGACAAUUUCAUACAUAUUGAUUCAAUUUAAGAAAUAAAACAGUGGAAAAACCUUUUGCUAACCCAAUAACCUAGCAACCAUAAAAGGAGACGGAAGUAAAAAAAACAUUGGAAGAGAAGAAAAAAAGGCAAAACGAAUGUUUGAAAUCGUUCCACAGCAUGGUUACGUAUUGGGCCAGUGAUUGGAACGAUGACCAGCCAAGCAAUUGCAUACGAACACCGGUGGUAACCAGCAGUGCAGAAACUUCUUUCCCAGUGUGGCCCAGUUUAGCCCGGGGACCGGAAAUGCUUUUACAGCACAGUGAUGCAGUAGAUAAAACAUCGACAGUGCCCCAAAACUGCUCCCAGGUAUAGCGGCUAUUGAUGGUGUGUAGAAGAAAAUGUGAACCGAUGGUGAAGGUUUCGUUUCGAGAUCGUUUACCGUACCGAAAUGUUGCAUGCCGAUCGUAGUGUAGUGUAGUUUGUGGUUUGUCGAAAGUUAGCACCUUACAAAAAAAAGUAUCUUACAAUGAAACACGAAAGUCAACGGUGGUGAAGUGUGUAGUGCGAACGAGCGUAGAAUAGGUACAACGGGUGCGACAAUUAAAGCAGAGUAAAAAAGGAAUAGAUUACGUGCAUUUGUGCAAAAUAAAAAUAAAAAAAUCGUCCACUUUUAGUGCAAGGUGUUUGUGUGUGUGUUUGUGUGUGCAUUUCGAUCUCAUUGCUAGAGAAGUAGUGAUAAUACCCUUGAUCGAGUUCGAUCGGUAGUGUUUUAAACCGUGCGAGAAAAAAAAAGCGAAACAUGUCGACCACAUCGAUUUCCCGCGAGGAGGAGCGUAAACCGCUGAUGGAGGAGUUUUACCGGCAGCGACGGAUUCUGCUUGGCUGCACAAUUCUUAUCGGUGUGGCAGCCGUCAUCUGGAUUGUGGCUAUUUCCACCGAUCACUGGUUCAUCGUAACAGGUGGCCAAGGAAUCUUCAUACCGGAAACGAGACGAUACUUCAAAACGUCACACUCGGGUCUUUGGAAGAUCUGCCGUUACGGUGUGAUUCCCGCCAUAAUGGCACAGUCGAAUGCGACGCGCAACUUCACCACGCUUUCGUUCGUUAACGAAAAUCGGAUCGCAACGAUGCGUACGUCCAUUGCGAAGGAACCGUACAUAAGGGAGUUUCUUGGUUCCGAUCUAAAAACGGAAAAUCUCACCGAAGUCGACGAUAGCUUCCGGAGGCAGCUGUUCGCGUCCUGGAUCGUGAACGAUGCGGAUCGUUUCCACGAGCUGAAGGAUCUGUUUCACGACAUUACCGGGAAGGUACGGCAGCAGGAUAAUGUCGCCGUGCAGAAGCUCAAAAACCCACCACUGAUGAUGCUCGAUCCGACCGAUCUGAAUUCGUUGCGCGAAACGCUAAAGGAACCGGUGGCCGGUGUGCUGACCACCGUUACCAUCAACUCGACCGACAUUAACGUGCUGAUGCCUAUCGCACUGUCCGAGGCACUGUUUGACGAUUGGGAGCACCGGCCCGGUGUGAUUUAUUUGCUUUGGAGCUUUGCCAAAGCGAUGAACAUACAGCCGUACAUCGUUAGCCCAAAUGGCACCAAGUACAUCAUCCGACCGCCGUUACCACCGAAGAAAGGCCGCAUCGGGAAUGGUUACGAGUAUACCCCGUUCAAAAAAUGUAAAUUUCACAACCUUUUCCCCAGCGAUGACGAGAUACUCCAGGAUCCUGCAAUAGACGACGAACUGCUUGAGAAAGAUGAAGCUUUCUACAAUCCAGAGUUCCAGACCGAAGACUACAGCCGAACCGAAGCAUCGUUUGCGUGCAUUACAGUGUUUGUAAUGGUGAUGGGAUUCAUCUUUUCGAUCUACACGUUCUUGAACCCACGGUACAUGUUCAAACGAUUGGCCGGUGGAAUACAUUUCAUAUCAGCUGCGACAAGCAUUGUCGUCAUUCAGGUAUUGGUGGCUUCCGUGGAGUACGAGAAGGAAAACAUAUCGUACACCUUCCCGAAAGGUGCCAAAUAUAGCUACGGUUACGGAUUCUAUCUGGCAUGGUUCGUAUUUCUGUCCAACAUCUACGCCGGUCUGAUGUUUAUGUGGUACUCGAAGAAAAGGAAAGGCAAUAAAGCGGCUACGGAAGAACUGGGUAUGGCCGAUGAACCUAUCAACAUUGGGCGAUAAGUCCGUGACAUGGUCGCGAGUUGCGUAAAUGUGCCCAGGCAACAAAAACAACAACAAAAAAACACCAAAGACAGCACUACGAGUAAGCAAGCAUUGGGAUGUGUGUUUUUUGGGGUGCCAGUAACGCAAACGGAAUUAUUAGGAAUCUCUUCCCAUGAGUCGCCUUUAACGAUGAAGCAAAGCACGACAGAAGCAUUAAGACAUUGUAUUUCUUCUUUCUUUUUUUUCGUUUGUUUUGUUUUAAUUCACGCAAACAAACUACUUUCUAUGUAACAACCGUGUCGAGUUUUGUAUGUUUUCGAUUUUCUGUUACCAUUUAACUGUUACAUUAACUGUUACGAGGAUAAUAAAGAUAAGCAAAAUCGUUUGAAUAUUUUAA